CAGUUAGCAGCCCGAGCUAAUCCGGCUAACAGCUAACGGCUAACGGCUAACUAGUGGCGCUAUGAUGGCGGAGCUGGUGCAGGGACAGGCCUCGAUGAACCAGCCGGGGCUGAAGUCAGACGGCCUGGCCGAUGUUUUACAGAGGGCCCGGCAGAUGGUGGGUAAGAUGGGCGGAGAAGCCAUGUCCCACCUCAACAGCUCAGCAGGAAGUGUCGAGCCCUCGCUGUACUACCCCGGACAGAAGCGACCAGGAGAGGAUGGAGUAGGUAACCAGCUAGCAGCCAUGGGCCAUCAAAGCAGGGUAAUCACAGAGGAUUACAAGGUCCCCGACAGGAUGGUGGGCUUCAUUAUUGGUAGAGGAGGAGAACAGAUCACCAGGAUCCAGUUGGAGUCUGGCUGCAAGAUCCAGAUCGCUGCUGACAGCGGAGGUCUGAUGGAGCGGCCGUGUUCUCUGACCGGAACUCCGGAGAGCAUCGAGCAGGCAAAGCGGCUGCUGGUCCAGAUUGUGGACCGCUGUAGGAACGGUCCAGGUUUCCAUGGUGAUGGAGAAGGCGGGGCCUCGGUGCAGGAGAUGCUGAUCCCGGCCAGUAAGGUGGGGCUGGUGAUUGGCCGAGGAGGAGACACCAUCAAACAGCUGCAGGAGCGAGCAGGAGUAAAGAUGAUGAUGAUCCAGGACGGUCCGAUGCCGACAGGAGCUGACAAACCCCUUCGUAUCUCUGGAGACCCGUACAAAGUGCAGGCAGCGAGGGAGUUGGUGUUGGAAGUGAUCAGGGAGAAGGACGGAGAUUUUAGGUCAGGACGCAACGACUUCAGUGCCCGACUGGGAGGAACCAGCCUGGAUGUUCCAGUUCCGAGGUUUGCUGUUGGUAUUGUGAUCGGCAGAAAUGGAGAAAUGAUCAAGAAGAUCCAGAAUGACGCAGGAGUCCGAAUCCAGUUUAAAGCAGAUGAUGGUAUCAGUCCAGAGCGUGUUGCCAUGGUGAUGGGACAGCCAGACCGCUGUCAGCACGCUGUCCACCUCAUCAACGAGCUCAUCCAGACCGCUCAGGAGCGUGAUGGUUUCGGCUCAGCCCUGCGGGGCGGGAGGGUCAGAGGUCGUGGUGAUUGGACUAUGGGCUCUCCUGGUCCUCUACAGGAAGUGACCUACACCAUCCCUGCUGACAAGUGUGGCCUGGUCAUCGGCAAAGGAGGGGAAACCAUUAAGAGUAUUAACCAGCAGUCUGGAGCUCAUGUGGAGCUACAGAGGAACCCUCCCCCCUCCACCGACCCCAACACUCGGGUCUUCACCAUCAGAGGCACCGCCCAGCAGAUGGACCUGGCCCGCCAGCUCAUAGACGACAAGAUUGGGGGUUCAGGUAUUAUGAGUAAUGGAGGUUUUGGCUUCAGCCCCUUCACCCAGGGCCCUGCUACACACCAGAACUGUGGCAGUGGGCAAACCUUCCUGACAGGUGUUUGGGGAAACACCUACCAGACCAGCUGGCAAAACCCUGGACAACAAGACCCCGGUCACAGUAUGGCUCAGACAGGACAGAUGGACUACUCUAAAGCAUGGGAGCAGUACUAUAAGAAGCUAGGUCAGCAGAACCAGCCUCAGAGCUUGAUGACAGACUACAGUAAGGCCUGGGAGGACUACUACAAGAAACAGAGUCAGUCGUCUCAGCAGAGUUCGGUGCCAGACUACACUGCAGCAUUAGCAGAAUACUACAGACAGCAGCCCUACCUGUGGAACCCAGCCCAGAUACAGGAUCACUAGAGGCUCCUCCUUCGCCGGUGAAGGCCUCGGAUGGUCGUUGAUGGCAACCGAAAUCGGGGUUUCCUAGCAACGCUCCGCCGCUUCCUCCUUCCUUUUGUAGAGAAAAACUAAGGAUUAACUGAAAAAUCACGAACUCUUUUCUUUCUGUUUUUUAACCUUACAAAGUUGAUAUUUUGUGGGGCAGAUUUUUUUGGACUAGCCUCUGGUCUCUCCACAGUGUAGACCUGGUUUUUCUUUUUGUUUUAUUUUUUUAUCAAACUUGAACUUAAAGAUGUAUCAGUGUGGCUUUGAACAAAAAAAAAAUCCAGUAUAAUCUAUAUUUUGUCUAGUUUUAUUUUCCAAUAAGAAACCGGUAUAAGGCUUAGCAGUCUUGAGUAAGAAAAUCAGAUAUUAUUAUUAUUAUUAUUUUGUUUAUGAUAAUGUUUUAAAGCAUGCGUCAGAUUGUGUGUGUUGACUCUCAGUUAUUUUUUUUUUUAUUUUGGCAUAGAAAUAUUUUAAUAGCGUCGGAUGGAAAUGUAAUGUUUUACCGUCAGAGAAACUGUUUUUUGUACUAAAUCUGUGCUCGCCGGGUCUGUUUGUUCUCGAUCUAAUUUUACCUGUUUAGUCGCCAUCUUGGAGGUGCAAUGACGCGUUUAUUGUUUUCUUUUUGGUUUGAUGAUAGUUCUUAUUCCUGUAUCUCAAUAGUGAUUCUUUAGUUUUUAUGAUGUAAUGAUGAAUAAAUGACGAUUUAUAUUG